AAAAGCUGCCCUUAGACAGCUAGGCGCACAGCUGGGGUCCUUAUUCUCCCUUGUUCAUUAACAGCGUGGCUUUCUGUUACCAUGAUGCUCAAAAAUCUCUGCAGGCAUACCAUUUGCCUAGGACUUUCACUUGUCCUAUUCUGUCUGGACACAGCCAGCACACAAAUUGCUAAGGCCCCAAAGAAAAGAAUUGGCACACAGGCAGAGGGCAGCCUGGCUAAGCCAAAUAAUGGUAAAUCACCCAAGCUGUCCAGUGGUGGCUGCUGCGAGGACAUGCGCAUGCUCAAAAUACAAGUGGCCAACCUGACCAGUCUGCUGGGAGAGCUGAGCAGGAAGCAUGAGUCUGACUGGAUCAACAUGCACCUGAAAUCGAUGGAGCUCGAGAACAGCAAGAAGGUGCACGAGGACCGUCUUUUGGAAGCAGAGAGCAAGAUUUCAGAGAUGAAUGGCCGUUUGGAGAUCAUGCAGCUGCAGGCUGCACAGACGGUGACUCAGACCACAGCAGAUGCCAUCUAUGAUUGCUCUACUCUCUAUAAACGGAACUACAAGAUUUCAGGGGUGUACAAGCUCCCUAAAGAUGAAUUUCUGGGAACCCCUGAUUUAGAGGUUUAUUGUGACAUGGAGACUAAUGGAGGAGGGUGGACACUGAUUCAGAGACGCAAAAUAGGCUUGACAUCCUUCAACAGAGAAUGGAAACAGUACAAAGAAGGGUUUGGUACAAUCCGUGGGGACUUCUGGCUGGGAAAUGAAAACAUUUUCCGCCUCACACGACAACCCAGUGUACUACGAAUAGACCUUGAGGACUGGGAAGGAGAGGCUCGUUAUGCCGAGUAUGGGUUCUUCACCAUCAGCAAUGAAAGAAACAAUUACAAGCUCUUCAUCUCCAACUACAGUGGCAAUGCUGGGGGUGACUCCUUACGCUAUCACAAUAAUACAAACUUCAGCACCAAAAAUAAAGACAACGAUAAGUGUGUGGACGACUGCGCACAGCUAAGGAAAGGAGGCUACUGGUACAACUGCUGCACAGACUCAAACCUCAAUGGCGUCUUUUACCGAUAUGGAGAACAUGCUAAAAGCACAGAUGGGAUAACCUGGUAUGGGUGGCAUGGCUCCAGUUAUUCUUUGAAACGGGUAGAAAUGAAGAUUCGACCACAGAACUUUGUAGCGCAAAACUAAAAAGAAGAAACAUUUUGGGGCGGUGGUGAGAGGAACAGCGUGAAAACAAGCAGAAACGUUAGCCAGUAGUAAUAGAGUCAAGCAAUUGAAUAGGAAGAACACUAUUCCUUUUCCCCAGCCAUUAAUGUUGGGCAUUUAUAUGAAAAAAUGAAAUUAUAAUUUUGUAUUUAAUUUUUUAUAUUAUUUUUAUACGUAAAAAAGGUAAGAAAUACAUGUUUCAUUUUUCUGUCAUGCACAUAGUAAUAUACACCAAGAUAUAUUUUUUUUUGUAAAGAGUGAAUUAUAAAUGUAUCAGUAUCAGAUGUAGUGCAAGAUGGAAUGAAGUAGAUUUUAAUGCUGUAAAACAGUAUCAGAAAAUCUGCUCUGAUAAAGAAACUCACUGUGUGGGAGAAAUGAGAGAAAAUAUGAAAGCAACACAACAGUUGUUAAAGAAAUGAUGUGCCUCUCUUGAAGAAGUACUAUUAGUUUGUAAAAAUGUGUACAGUACAGCUGUAUUUAAGCAUAACUUGUAUUCUUUAUAUGUAUAUAUUUUUUCCAAAUGAGCACACUGCAUCAAAAAACGGACUUCCUCAUAAAAUGCUAUAAUCACCACAACUUAAAAUGAGAAUGAAUGUAUCACUCUAAUGCAUAUCAAGUUUCUAAUGCAGCAAAUAAGAGCAUUUCUCUUAAAUGUACUUGCUCUUCCAGCAUUGUAGCUU